UACCCUACACAAGCCUUUCUGCUGCUUCCACUACUGCUCCGGCGCGGCGAGGCGAGGUGGCCAGCGGAGUACAUGUAGAUGGAGCUGGCUCUCGGCUCGGCGGCUUCGCUCCUCGGCAAGGUGUGGACGACGCUGUCCGACGGCCUGGUGGCGGCGUACGUGGACAGCCUCCAGCUCGGCCACAACUCGGAGCAGAUCAAGGACAAGCUGCUGCAGACGCAAGGCCUGCUGCACAACGCCCAGGCCCAGGGGAGCCACGUCGGCGACAACCUUGCCCUGCAGCGCUUGCUGGAGAAGCUGAGAAGGGACGCCGACCAGGCAGAGGACUUGCUCGAUGAGGUCCACUACUUCCACAUCCAUGACAGGCUCCACGGCACCAACUACGCCACCACCCAAGAUCUGGACGGCCUUGUCCGCGGUCAAGCUCUCCACGCCCGUAGUGCUCUUCGCCACACCCUAGGCAGUUGGUUCCAGUGUUUUUCUUGCUCCCGUACACCCAAGACCAAUAGGGAUGGUGGUGAUGCUGCUGCUGCUGCUGUUGCCAGAGCACCACGCCACGUCACCAACUCCAGUUCUGCUACUGCUGCUGCUGUUGCCGGCGACACCAACUCCAACUCUGCUAGUGCUGAUGAUGGUGAUACGCUGCAUUUCGACAGAGUGUCCAUGUCCAGAGAAAUCAAGUCCCUGUUACAGGGCAUGCAGUCCCACUGUGAUUUGGUCUCCAAUUUGCUCAGCAGUACCCCAAUCAACAACACGGCAGUCGUCCGACAUCGGCCUCAGACUGGUUCCAUGAUUAUACAAGACACAUUGUAUGGCAGGACAGACACUUUUGAGGAAACUGUCAAUUGUAUCACCGAUACUGGUGCCACAAAGACUGUUUCUGUUCUUCCUAUAGUUGGUCCAGGGGGUAUUGGAAAGACAACUUUCACCACUCACCUGUACAAUGAUGGAAGGACUCAAGACCACUUCCAAGUCAGGGUCUGGGUAUGUGUAUCCACUGAUUUCGAUGUGCUUAAGCUCACCAGGGAGAUCCUUGCCUGCAUACCUGCAACUGAAGAAGGAGGAAGCAGCAGUGUUGCAAAUGAAACAACCAAUUUAGAUCAUCUUCAGAGAUCCAUUGUGCGACGUCUCAAGUCCAAGAGGUUUCUAAUUGUCUUGGACGAUAUAUGGAAAUGUGACGGUGCUGAUCAGUGGAAAACCCUGUUAGCUCCGUUCGCAAUGGGGGAAACCAAAGGAAGCAUGCUACUUGUCACAACUCGAUUCCCAAAGGUAGCAGACAUGGUGAAAACAGUUGAUCCACUAGAGCUGCGAGGUUUGGAGUCUAAUGAUUUCAUCACAUUAUUUGAAGCAUGUAUAUUUGGUGAUCACAAGCCUGAGCAUUACGAAUAUGAGUUAGCUGGUAUUGCACGAAAAAUAGCAAACAAGCUAAAGGGUUCUCCGCUAGCAGCAAAAACAGUCGGUAGACUAUUGCAGAAGGACUUUUCUCAGAAACAUUGGAAUGGAGUUCUUGAAAAGCAUCAGUGGCUAAAGCAGCGAAAUAAUGAUGAUAUCAUGCCGUCUUUAAAAAUUAGCUAUGAAUACCUCCCUUUUGAUCUGAAGAAAUGCUUUUCCUAUUGUGGCCUUUUCCCUGAAGAUCAUGAGUUUACUUCUUCAGAAAUCAAUCAUCUCUGGGUUUCAAUUGGAAUCAUAGACUCUAAUCAGCAAGCCAAUAGGAAUUACUUGGAAGAACUAGUGGACAAUGGUUUUCUCAUGAAGGUAUUCGAUUUGGGUGAUCGAUCCCCCUAUUUAAUGCAUGAGCUAUCUAAGAGUGUUUCUGCACAAGAAUGCUUCAAUAUAAGUGGCUUAGAUUUCAGAGCUGAUGCCAUCCCGCAAUCUGUUCGACACUUAUCUAUCAACAUAGAAGACAGAUAUGAUGCAAAUUUUGAGGAAGAAAUGUGUAAACUAAGGGAGAGGAUAGAUAUUUCUAAUCUGCGGACUUUGAUGAUUUUUAGAGAAUAUGAAGAAGAAAGAAUCGACAAGAUUUUGAAAGAUAGCUUCAAGGAAAUAAAUAGUCUGCGUGUCCUAUUUAUAGCUGUGAAGUCUGCACAAUCUUUUCCAUACAAGUUUUCGAAACUUAUCCACCUCCAGUACCUGAAAAUUAGUUCAGCUUACAUAAGUGGUGAAAUCAGUUUACCUAGUACACUAUCAAGAUUUUAUCACUUGAAAUUCUUGGACCUAGACUAUUGGUGUGGUAGUUAUGAUUUGCCUGAAGACUUUAGCCACCUUGAGAAUUUACAUGAUUUCCAUGCUGCAAGUGAAAUCCACUCCAAUAUUCGCAGUGUCGGAAAGAUGAAGCAUCUGCAGGAGCUAAAAGAAUUCCAUGUUAAGAAGGAGAGCAUGGGAUUUGAACUGUCAGAACUUGGGGCAUUGACAGAGCUUGAAGGAGGACUGACUAUACGUGGCCUUGAACACGUGGCAACCAAGGAGGAAGCUACUGCAGCCAAACUGAUGUUGAAAAGGAAUCUGGAGGAGUUAGAAUUACUCUGGGGCAUAGAUGGACCAACUAGAGAUGCUGAUAUUCUUGAUGCUCUUCAACCACACUCUAAUCUUAGAGUACUUACAAUUGCAAAUCAUGUUGGUACCAUUGGUCCUAGCUGGUUGUGUCUUGACAUGUGGUUAACAAACUUAGAGAGACUCGCUCUAGAAGGCAUAUCUUGGAGUACCCUCCCACCUUUUGGGAAGCUACCAAAUCUCAAGGGCCUCAAUUUGACGAACAUUUCUGGAAUGCAUCAGUUUGGGCCUCGAUGUGGUGGCGCUCCAGGCAAAUGUUUUAUGCGCUUGAAGACAGUUGAGUUUCAUGACAUGCCAGAACUUGCUGAAUGGGUUGUGGAACCUAAUUGCCAUUCCUUUCCAAGUCUUACAGAAAUCACAUGCAUCAAUUGUCCCAAUCUCUGUGUGAUGCCCUUGUUGGAGGUAUCCUGCACCAAUUUGCACAGACUUGAAGUUUUUCGUUGCCCCAAGGUGUCUCUGCCCUCUAUGCCUCACACCUCCACACUGACAGAUUUGUUUAUUAACACAGGUAAUUCAAGAAGUUUUUACAAAUUUCUGCGAGAUGAUUUAGGGACGUUGUUGUCUUAUGAUGGAAAGAAAUUGGUUGUUAGAGGGUAUGGCGGUGCUUUGGCCUCCCACAAUCUGGAUAAAGUAGAAGAUAUGAUUGUCGGAAGAUGCGACGGUUUGUUCCCUGAAGAGCUGGAUGGCAGUUUUGUCUUCCAUUCAGUUAAGAGUCUCCAAUUAGAUGUAUCUCAUCUUACCAGCAAAUCAUCUUCAGAAGUAUUAAACUGUUUCCCGGCUCUUUCUGUGUUGAAGAUUGAUGGCUAUGAGGAGGAAUGUGGAACGCAGUUCCCAUCAUCCAGCUCACUGCAGGAACUUACCUUCUCAGAGUGUACGGGCCUGGUUCUUGUGCCUGUGGAGAAGGAGAAUGGAGAACGAAUUCAGGAGGACAACUCAUUGCUCCUAAAAUUAAGAAUAGAGUACUGUGGCCAAUUGUUCUGUCGGUGGCCCAUGGGAAAGGGAGAAUCAGAGACCAUUUGCCCUUUCCCUGCUUCCCUGAAGAAACUUGAUGUCGAAGGAGAGACAAGCAUGAAGUCAAUGGCUCUGCUCUCAAACCUCACGUCUCUCACCACUCUAAGGCUAAUAAGAUGCAGAAAGUUAACAGUGGACGGAUUCAAUCCUCUCAUCGCAGUCAACCUCAUACAACUGGAAGUGUGUGGGUGCAACAGCAUAGCAGCAGAUAUGCUCUCAGAGGUGGAAAGGGCCAAAUUAUUGCCUGCAGGUUACCUCUCUAGAUUGGAGGUACUCAGGGUGGAUGACAUCUGUGGAUUGCUUGUUGCUCCUAUUUGCAACCUCCUCGCCCCGGCCCUCCACACACUUGAAUUCGAGUCCGAUGAUGAGUGGAUGGAAGGCUUCACGGAAGAGCAAGAGAAAGCGCUGCAGCUCCUCACCUCCCUCCAGAAUAUAACAUUUUUCGACUGCCGGUGUCUGGAGUCCCUUCCUAAAGGGCUACAUCGCCUUUCUUCUCUCAAGGAGUUGCGUGUCGUUGACUGUCAAAGAAUGAUAUCAAUGCCCAAGGAGGGCCUCCCGGUUUCGCUGAGAAAACUAGAGAUGCGUGGUUACUGGGCUCCUUGGCUAGACAAGCAAAUUGAGGAAAUCAAAAGAACCUACCCAGAUUUAUCCGUCACGUAUACCCAAGGUAAGACUUGUCGCCUCCCUAUCUUUUGUUUUCCUAUUUCUGAAGCGAGGUUUAUUAGCCAUCCAUACUUCUGCCUCAUCUUGACUUGUCAAAUCUUUUGUGCACACAAGUUGGCAAACGUGCACAUUAAUCAGUAGGUCCGGUGCGAGAUACAACCGACUCUUCAUUCUGCUGACCAUUUCAGUGUUGGAUACCGGGCACUGCAACAGUGUGGACAUAAGUUGUGAAUCCUUUCAGCAAUGCAAUCCUUUCAGCAGUGUGGACAUGUCGUUUGUGGAUCACGAUUACAUGAUCGAUAUUUCUCUGCAACUCAAAUCUGCCGGUUAAGUUUCUGUUCCGUACAUGAAAAAAAGGGCGUGCAAGACAUCACUCACUUGGUGCGGAUCAAGAUGAAGACUUCAGUCAUAGCUGCAAUAAUAUGUUUGACAGGCUUGUGCUCCUUUUUUCGCAUGAAGCAGCAGGACUGAACAGAAGAGGCCAAUUUAACUGUUGGCAUCAGUAGGAGGAUGCUGCUUUGUAAAGGCUCAUAUAUCAGAUAUAUGUAGCAGAGAGGGCUGUCUUCUUGUCUUGGUGGUGCAUUUAUUUGCUUUACAGAAUGGUAUGGAUGUAACCUUCCUACUAUUAUUGUGAAGUGAAAUUGAAUUGAGAUACACUCUACAAGGGAGAAUGCUUCCCAAUAUUUGUUUGAUUCUUGAAUAUGUUUAGCCUGAUACUGAAUUAUUCCUGUAGUACUCUGACUAUUAUUUGGUCAACCACCAAGUUUAGAGCAUCUCCAACAGCCGCGCUAAACGAGCGCC